GGCAUGGGUUUGUUUUGUGUCAUAUUAGGGUUGCUAGCUUGGGUUUUGUGGCAAUGGAAUGAGGUGUGGCUUGUGAAGCCCUUGCUGAGAGAUGGGGUUAACCUACCUCCAGGGCAUUUGGGGUUGCCCUUCUUUGGAGAGAUGCUCAAUUUCCUUUGGUACUUCAAAAUCAUAAGGAGGCCUGAUGAGUUCAUCUACUCAAGAAAAAAGAGAUAUGGUGCACAAGUUGGAAUGUAUAGGAGCCAUUUAUUCGGGUCCCCUACAAUCAUAGUGUCUGACCCAACAGCUAACAAGUUUGUGCUUCAAUCCGAUGACCUCUUUGAAAAACAUUGGCCACAUCCAGAGCUAGUGGGAGCCAACGCCCUUGUAAUGGCGGAGGGUAAGCUCCACAAACGCCUAAGGAAGUUUGUCAUUGAUGCCCUCAAUCAACCUCGGUCUCUAAGGCAUGUCAUUCUCAAGGUUCAACCUCGAAUUGUCGAUGCCCUUCGACAUUGGGCUUCAAAGGGAAUCAUCAAAGCUGAACACGAAGCAAGGAGAGUAACAUUUGAGAACAUAUGUCACAUGUUUGCAAGUUUUGAACCAGGCCCUUUUCUAGAAGAGUUGGAGAGGUGCUAUAGUGGGGUGGUUGCAGGGAUAAGAUCACAACCAAGCAAUAUUCCUGGGUCAGCAUAUCAACAUGCCUUUAAUUGCAAGAAGAAACUAUCAAAGGCAUUUGCCAUAGAGUUAGAGAAAAGGAAAAAGAAUGGGAGUAAGAGUGAAGACUUCUUAGAUGCCUUGAUGAAUUCGUGUGAUGAAGAUGGAAACCAUUUGCAAGAGAAAGAGGUGUUAGACAACAUUUUCUCUCUUCUCCUUGGGGCUUAUGAGUCUACCGCCAUCUCUAUCAUGUGGGCCUUGUAUUACCUCUCCAAAUCCCCACAUUGCUUGCAACGUCUCAGGGAGGAGCACAUUGAGAUAAGCAAGAAGAAGAAUGGGGAUUAUAUCACAAUAGAAGACAUCAGGCUCAUGAAAUAUACAUCAAAAGUGGUGGAGGAAACAAUAAGGCUUGGGAACGUUUCAUCAGUGGUUUUCAGAAUUGCACGCCAAGACGUGGAUUUCAAAGGUUAUAGAAUACCCAAAGGAUGGAAGGUUUCGGUGUGGCUCCGAACACUGCAUGUGGAUCCUAACAACUUCGACGAUCCGCUAAACUUCAACCCUGAUCGAUGGGAUACAUCCAUGAAGCCUUACACAUACCAGGUGUUUGGUUUGGGUGCGAGGAUAUGCCCCGGAAACAUGUUGGCCAGGACACAACUCUCAGUAUUCCUUCACCAUUUAUGUCUUGGCUACAAGUGGGAGCUCGUCAAUCCAAAUGCCAAGAUAAGCUACCUGCCACAUCCGAGACCCGUUGAUGGAGCUCAACUCAAGUUUAGUGCUAUUUGACAUAGGUUUACUCAACGUAUAAAAUCACAUACGUUAAUGCUUAUCAUGAGUGGUGAUUGAUGUUGUAGGCUCCAAAGCCUUUCGUAAAGGACAUCUAAGCAAUUGGUUGCUUUUUCCGUUUAUUCCUUUCCAUUUUAGUUUGACUUUUUCCUUUUGUCUUUGCUUCUAUAGG